AUGAGCAGCAGCGCUAUGAUUCAAACACCAGCAGUGAUGGUGGUCGUUUCGUCGUCGUCCAUGAAAAGCUCCUCUUUUCGUUACCGAGAAGAUGGCAGAGGUUUUCACGGGAGAAGAAAGAGUUUUAACUGGAUGAGGAGAACGUGCACUCAAACGUCGCCGUCAUCAAAAUCGAAUGGAAUUCUCGUCGCGGUUUCGUGUCGUUCUUCAUCAUCCUCGAUGACUUUUACCGCGAAAGAAGAAGAGAAGAGACAAAGAUCAUCGUUUUCGAACGCGACAAAAACGAGUUUCGGGAGGAGAAGGACGAGGAGGAUCGUCGCGCGAAAAGGGUGGCUCGGGAACCUCUUCGGCGGUGGUGGUGAAAAUGAAACCGAAGAAGACGAAAAAGGAGAAAACGACGACGAGAACGCGGAAAAGACGACAUCGACAUCAACGAAAGAAAGCGCCGAUGAUACAGACUUUUCGAAGAAGAACAGUAAAGAAGAAGAAGAAGAAAAAGAAAUAGAAUCUUUAAAACCGAUCAAAGUACCGAUGAUGAAUUUGGACGUCUCGACAACGUUGGCGGAUUUGGAGCUCUUGUUGGGACCGGACGAAAAAAAAUUGGAGGAGGAACGCAAAGAGAAGGAAGAGGAGGCGAAAUAUUUAAAGUUGAAAGAAACGAGAGAGAUGAAACAGAAAUCGAUGGACGAGAGCAGCUCAGACGACGAUAUGAGCUUAGACGAGCGGACGAGGAGAAUUAGAGAGGAGAACAGGAAGAAGUUUCGGGUGGAUUUGAGCAAGGAGUCGUCCGGUGGAGACGGGUUGGUCGAUUUGUUGAAACCACCGUCGGACGACGACGACGAGGUAAAGAGCGAAGAAAAAGGAAAAGAGGAGGGCGGUAGUAAGAGCAUCGAUAGUAGCAAUAACAACGUCGUCAGCAGCAGAGACGAAAAGUUGGAGAAAGUUUUAGCCGAUCUCGGUAAGAUUGCGCAGAGGAAGAAAAUGAAAGAGGAAGGGAAGAUGGCGUCGUCGGACGAAGACGACGAGGCCGAGUUACAAAGGGAGGAAAGAGAACUUCAGAAGCAAUUCGAUGCGUUGUUGGAUAUUUUAGAAGAACCUGGGAUUCCACCGGUAUCGAAGGAAGACGUGGACGUGAUCAAGAACGAAAUUUUUGGUAUGCAAACGUUUUUCGUGACGUCGGUGGAGACGAUCGGCGGCGACUUGGACGACAUGGAAGCGGGUCCGGGAGACAACGCCGCAGCGGCAACCUCUUCAGGCGGUAGAAGAAGAAACUCCUCCAUGGGUCAAGGUGGUACUGGUGCGUUGUUCAGAGGCAAUUUGCGAAAGGAUCGUCAGGAAGUUUGGGACGAAGUUCGCGCGAAACUUUACGACAUGUUUGACAACAAGUACGAAAUUUUCAUGCUCGAAGAACCGGACGCGUUGUCGCCGAACUCGCCCGGACCGGGUGAAUCAGUCUCAAACACCAGAGGACCGAGGGUUUCGUUCUUAGUCGUUCCCGCGGACAGAGCUGGUCCGUCUGAAGAGACUGGGUUUUGGCAGUACCUCAUCGCGUUAGCUUUGAUUGGUUUUACCGUCGGAUCUGCCGUCCAAUUGGGUUUAGUCGCGGAAGUCUCGCGACUGCCUGAGGAGACCAUGCGAUGGUUAGCGGAAGGUGGCGGCGCGGCUGGUAUAGACCCGAGCAUCGAUCCGAGCGCGCCUCCGCCAGGAUUAGAAAACUUUGAUACCGUCGCGUACGUCGAGGCUGCUUUACCAGUCACCGCGGGUGUUCUUUUGUCCUCCCUGGCGCACGAAGUUGGACACCGAGUUGUCGGCGCCAUGCGAAACGUGAAAUUGUCCAUCCCGUAUUUGAUUCCCAACGGACAAUUAGGGACGUUUGGUACAAUCACGCAAAUAAAAUCCAUACCAGAGAACCGAUCAGAUUUCUUCGACGUGGCCAUCGCGGGGCCUCUUUGUGGUGGUGUCACCGCUUUGGCGUUAUUUUCGUACGGUUUAGUUUUAUCCAUUGGCCACGACCCGGCGUGCGUGCCCAUACCCGGGAACUUGUUCGGGAGUUCCUUGUUAUUAGGUGGCGUGAGCGAACUUUUAUUGACGAUGGGUGACGGCGAUGCAACAGCUACUGGAGCUGCGGCGGCCACGAGCGCGAUUGUCGUGCACCCGUAUUUCAUAGCCGGAUGGUGCGGGUUAACCACGACUGCUCUCAACCUCCUCCCGGUCGGUCAACUCGACGGUGGUCGCGUCUCCCAAGCGGCUUUUGGACGCCGCGUGCUCUCCGCCACUUCCCUCGGUACCUACGUGGGUCUCACUUUCGGCAUCUUGGGUUCCACCUUGAGCCUCCCGUGGCUUAUUUUCAUCCUCAUUUGCCAACGCACCCCGGAUUACGCUCCAAAAGAUGACGUCACAGAGGUCGACGAGUCCAGAGCAACGUUAGCUUUCGCGUGCAUCGCCGUCGCUUUCUUGAUUUUGCUCCCCGGAGCGAGUUUAACGCCCAGCGAUCUCGCGCCGACGGAUUUCUUCUGA